AUGGAUACCAAUAGCGGCACCCGCCGUGAAGAUCCUCCGGUCCCCGAAUACGAACAACAUGUCCAGGACCUUGAUGGGGACAAAGUUAAUAUAGUGACGGAGCAGAAUGACCCUGUUACGCGUGCUGAAGCUUUGGAUCCUCCUUGUACUCAUGACGUUCAGGAGGCGCAAAGAUUGGAGCGCGCCACAGCAGCACGACUCAUAAAGGCCCGGAAGCUAUCGCUUGUUGUCGAUUUGGAUCAGACUUUGGUUCAUGCCACAACGAGCUCUCUCGUUGAUUCCUGGUUCAUAGAGAAUAAACCCGCCUCCGAGUCGCUGUGCAAGGAAAUGGAUAUUCACAGGGUUAUUCUUGAAGACGAUGAAAGCGGGAUUCCCCACUAUAUUAAGCUUAGAAACACUGUCCAUGGCUUUUUAGAACGAAUUUCUAAGAAAUUCGAGCUCCACAUAUACACGAUGGGCAGCCAUUCUUACGGAUUAGCCGUAGCUCGGCUGCUUGAUCCUACAGGGACCUUUUUUUUCGACCGAAUUGAGCUCUCGAGAAUUUUUCCUUGUGAAGAUGCAAUGGUUUUGAUUCUCGAUGAUAGGUCAGAUGUUUGGACACACUCGCCCAAUUUGAUUCACGUGCGUCCAUGUAUGGGCAUUGAUUUAUUGUAG